CGCUUUCUUCCGGUAUGAGGCCCCUGGGGCGGGGAGUUGGGAACCCGGUUUCCGGGUUGGGCGGGCUCCUUCGGGAAGAAGUCUGUCCGGGAGCUGGGGUGCCCGCCCGCCCGCAGAGAUGGACGAGGACGGGCUCCCGCUCAUGGGGUCAGGCAUAGACCUGACCAAGGUGCCCGCGAUCCAGCAGAAGAGAACGGUGGCGUUUCUAAACCAGUUCGUGGUGCACACCGUGCAGUUCCUCAACCACUUUUCUACCGUUUGCGAGGAGAAACUGGCAAACCUCUCUCUUCGGAUCCAACAAAUUGAAACAACUCUCAAUAUAUUAGAUGCAAAGCUGUCGUCCAUCCCGGGGCUCGAAGAGGUGGCCUUUGAAGUGUCUCCUGUAAGUGUCACCAGCAUCACAGACAGAUCCCAAUCUGAAGCCACUUCAGAGCAGUCCCAGCAGAGCAGCGCACAGGACCCCGGGCCACAGGAGAGUGAAGCCUCGUCAGAUAAUACCGUGACCAUCGCCGAGGACCCCAGAUACGCCAGAUACCUCAAGAUGGUUCACGUGUCUGAAAAAUCGCUAACCGGAGUGACCAACCGAGCUUUGUAGUCUUGUCUUUGCUUUUUAAUUAGCACUCUGAUAAACAGUAACCGCAAGUCAAGUCUUUCUCCUUAGAAAUGAGUGCACUAAAUCAUCGUACUUUAGUGUUGGUCUGUGUAAUUCUUUUUCUUUGCUUUAGCUAAAGUUAUCAUUGCAAAUCUUGGAUGUUUCAGAGAGAAAGGAAAGCAUGCUAUUCAUUUUGUGAAUCAUAUGAAUUUAAGUCUCACACACUACACUAAUCAUGUUCUUUAAAGAGAUACUUGAUUCUCAUGCUUAUCUGUCAAUGAUUUGACCUAUGGAAAAGAAGGUAAAGUCUUGUGACCGUGUAAGGUAAUGCUCAACAUUAUACGACUUCAGAAUUCAUACGGUUCUCAGAAAUUGCGGCAUUUCCCGUUACUUACUACAGCAGGAGUGAGUUCCUCGUGGUGACAGUAGAAAGACUAACUGCAGAUGUGGGAAGGUCUAGUCGUAUGUCAUUUUUGUGUUAAUGAAAACACUUAAUAAUUUGGAACAUUCCGUUAUCAACCAAAGCAGUCCUUACUGAAGAACAGAAUUGUUUUGCUAUCCCUGGCGUUUUCAUCACCAAAAUAAUUUAAGAGCAAAUGCUAAUCUCUGACAUCCAUAAAGAGCACAUUGCCUGACUCGGCGGCCACAGAGCAAAAAGAGAAACUGGGGGAACUUUCUCACCUAGCAGAAGUGCGUCUGUCCCUUUUGUAAGUCUCCACCUGCAGUCAGUACUCUGGCUCCUACAUUUCAGGGAUAAAAGCGGGACUGGGUGAAAAUAUAGAAGGUCCCUUAGUUCAUAAAGAAGAGUUGGUACAAAUACGCAUCAGAACAGUUUCAGAGCUGUGCCCUGGGAAACGUAAGGUCAAGAGAUAGACUUGAAAAGUGCAAAUCUUUCCACAAAAGAGCUUUAAAUGACCCAUAGAAUCUUUCGUGGCUGCCCAGGAGACAACAGGGGAAUCUGUUGGGUGCCAUCGCUUGUGGAAGGUUGCCCUGAGGACAAGUGCCACCCGACCUGUCCUGUCAACUCUCUCAUCCCAGUGUCCAUUAACCCCGCUCAAGCUCCGCGGGCGGUGUGAGAGGAGGAUUUCAGAAGUAAAGGAUGCGUGAGGGUACAUGGCAGCUGUUCUGAUGCCGCCUGCUGGGCCCUGAGUUGUCACCUUGUCCAGGAUGGCACCUCAGUCACCCUCGCCAGGCUCAUUUCUGCAGGAUGGCAAUGUGUGCAAAGCGGGUCUCAUGUCCCCUCUGCAUGAGGGGAGCCACCACGUCCAUCCGUCUGCUCGUAAACACUUGGGCAGCACUUAGGGCGUGGCGGCAGGUGCCAUCCAGCACAGCUCCUGGACGGUGCCUGUAGUCUGGGUUGUGCAGCUUUCUCCAGGGCACCUGUCCAUACCUAAGGUCACCCUGUGAGUCUCCUCUCGGCAGGGGCUCAUUCUCUCCCUAGGAGGAGAAGCCAGACCUUCACAGCCCAAGACAGGUCCUCUGCAGUGCAGCCGCCCUGGCCACCAGCCUCACUGCCCCCCGCUGCCCAGCACAGCGACCCCUUGUCACUGGGGGUAAAUGCAUGGUGCCGCCGCCCCAGGCCUUUGCCUCAGCCGAUUCCCUGUCUGCGGAAGCACUCCCCGCAGUCUUCCCAUCCUUCAGAUCCUAUUCAUACGUCGCCAGCCCCGUUCACCCCACCACCACGGUUUCCAGAGCCCCUGCAGCCCGCUCGGCACCCGAGCCAGGGGUUCACCCUCUCCGGCCCAGCCCUGCAUAUUGGAGAGAAGAGGUCUUGUGGUUAAGCACUGUGUAAAAUAUUCUCAGCAGUACACUAAUACCGUCAAAAAUCUUCCUUUCAAUGUCUAAGAACACAAAUGUGACUUGAAAGAUAAACACAGGACCCAAAUCCUCCAGCAGCACUGGACCCCGUGCCUAGCCCUGUCCUUGGGCCUGUGUGCCGCUGACCUGUGCUGUCGCAGCGCACUCGCCUCUGUGCAGCCCUGUCUUAGGCGCCCUGGGCCCAAGGGUGCGGCCUCCACCCCAUCAACAGGCAUUCUCCAACCUGCUGCUCAUUUUCACGGCUGUGGCUGGUGUGUGCCCUGCAGCCCCCAGGGUGAUUUUCAGGAAGAGAGGGGAGCAGUGGGUUACCCCGCCGCCCUAAACCCGGAAGUUCAUCUGAGUCCAUCAUGCCAAACCGAGUCCGGAGCCUCCCUGCCCGCCGCUUAUCCAUGAUGCUCCCCGCCCUGAGCGCCACUCCUUCACCCCGCAGAGCCACAGAUUCCUCCCCAGGGCGGUGCCCGUGAACCCGGCUCCCCUCUCCGGAGCACAGGUCCUCACUGUGCGCUUCUGUUCCCCUCUGACCAAUGCGCCCUGCAUCAGCGCAGCUGCAGAAGGCGAGGGGAGCUCUCCCACGGCCAUCUUUCCUCACUGGUGUCACUGGAAAUAAAUCGUCUGUUUCUUCA